GGCAGGCAGGCUGGAUUAUAUUAGGGUGGUAUUUUAGAGAGAAAAGACCCACCACACUUCGAUCUGAAAUAAAUUUUUGAGGUGUUUUUUUUUUGGUUUGUUUUUGCAUCUUUGAAAUGGAUGGGAAAAUCAGACAGAGCAGGAAAUCUCGGUCCCAAAGGGACCGCGUGAGGCGAAGGGAUCCAAAUGGCAGGGACCGCCCGAACCAGAGCCCUUCCUCGGCAUCCGAGAGAGAACACAGCCCGGGCAAGGAGAAUACGAGCCAAAAUUGCCCAAAUCCUAAGAGCCAAGCUUCUGCAGCCAGGAACGCCAGACCUCCGAGGCGGAGGAGGCGAGAAUCCAGCUCUCAGGAAGAGGAUUUAAUUGAUGGAUUUGCGAUCGCCAGCUUCAGUACGAUGGAAGCCUUGGAGAAGGACAUGUCAUUGAAGCCACAAGAGAGAAAGGAAAAAUGGGAGAGACAUCCAGGAAAGAAACCCAGAGAAUCUGAACACUGUGUGUCAGCUGAGCCAAGCGAAAAUGGCCACAAUAACGAUGCCAUGAGUUCGGGGAGAGAGACGGAUCGAGGGAAGGAGAGGGUGAAGAAGAAAAUCCCCUUGAAAAUCCACACGCAGAUGAAAGUCCCCAUGAAGCGAUGUGGCAGGAACAGCGAGGACGACAGCAUCCGGGAGGCCACCAGCUCCCAGCUCAGCAGCUCCAGGGACUGCCUCAGCGAUAGUUCUGCUCAAUCACUUUCAGGAAAAGGUUAUUCGUGUGACAGUGAGAGUGACAUUGAUGAUAAGAACUCAGCGGACCUGGAGCUGCCUCGUAUCAGGAGUGGUUUGGUAGCAAGCAAGGCUUCAGAAGGCUCAGAGAAGCUGUUCUCCCCUGCAGCAACUAAAGGUGCAGCCUUGAAUGACAAGGCCGAAGCGAAAGCAGGGAGCAUCCCCAAGGUGUCCGGGCUGGAGCGCAGCCAGGAACUGAGCACUGACGUGCCCUUUGUGCUGCCAAUCCACAGCCCCCCGCCGAACACUGUCGUAGUGACUUCCACCUCCUCUGCGCCCACGUCGAGUGCUCGGGCAAGCCCACUGUUGAAGAAAGAGCCAUUGAUCUCAGCACCAGCACCACCAAGACUCACCCCUCAGCCACAGCCUCGGCCUCAGUCGCAACCUCAACCUCGACCUCAGUCACAGCCCCAGCUGCUGCCUGAGCUCCGGACCCAACCUCCAAGCCACAUCCCCCCUCCUCUCAGUUACCCAGGGCUUCACCAGGUGGCCCACAACGGACUCAAUAAUAUCAGUAGAAGCAGCAGCGCCAGCAGUGCAACAAGUAUUAGCCUUCCGAAACACCUCCCCAUCUCCCCUCAGAUCCCUCCCCAUCAUUCCUCCGGCCCAGCUUUACCCCUCUCCAUCUCUAACCUUGCUGCCUCGCAUUUCCCUCUCAGAUCGCAGUCCCAACACCAGCACCAUCCGGCCAUGUUUGCCACCCCUCCUACGCUGCCACCUCCUCCAGCGUUACCCACCAACAGCCUUGUGAUCCCUGGUCACCCCGCAGAUCACGAGCUGCUCAGGCAAGAGCUGAAUAAUCGUUUUUUGGUUCAGAGUUCGGACAGGACCGGUGCCUCUCUUGGCCCGGUGCCGCUGCUGAGGGCGGAGUUCCACCAGCACCAACACACCCACCAGCACCAACACACCCACCAGCACACAUUCAGCCAUUUUCCAUCCAGCCUGCCCCAGAUGCCGCCCACUGCACCUCCCCUGGGGCGUACCCCCUCCCAAAAUUUCGACAAGUACGCUCCCAAACUUGAUAACCCUUAUUUUCGACAUUCCAACUUCUUUCCAAGCUAUCCUCCAGCAAUGCCUGGGAUGCCACCUCUGCUUCCACAUUCAGGUCCUUUCGGGUCACUUCAGGGAGCAUUUCAGCCGAAGACUUCAAAUCCUAUUGACGUAGCGAGUAGACCUGGAGCAGUACACCAUACUCUUCUGCAAAAGACGCCAGGGGUGUCUGACCCCUAUCGGGCUCCAGUACGAGUAAGUAAGAAGCCUGGCAAGUGGUGUGCUGUUCACGUACAGAUUGCCUGGCAGAUCUACCAUCACCAGCAGAAGAUAAAGUACCUCCUGUGGAAUAUGGAGUGUUAUCCUGUUCAGAGUGAAAUGAGCGGUACGGUGAAGGACAUUUUACAAAACAUAGAGCAGCAAAUGCAGCUGGAUCCCCACAAGCUAGAGAUAGGUGGGAAACUUGACCUGUUCAGCAGACCUCCUGCCCCUGGUGUGUUCCCAGGGUUCCAUUAUCCUCAAGAUCUCGCCCGGCCACUCUUUUCCACCACAGGUUCUGCCCACCCAACCGCCACUCCUUUCGGCCCUUCGCCUCAUCACAGCAGCUUCCUGCCUACUAACCACUUGGCAGAUCCAUUUAGCAGGUCAAGCACCUUCAGCGGCCUUGGGAACUUAGGCAGCAAUGCCUUUGGAGGAUUAGGCAGUCAUACUCUGAGUCACAAUAGCAUUUUUGCUCACAAAGAAGGACCUAACGUCCAGAGCUUCAACAACCCCCAUGAGCCAUGGAACAGGCUCCACCGGACACCACCAUCGUUCCCAACACCUCCGCAGUGGCCAAAGCCCGGAGACUCUGAGCGAAGCUCCUCUGUGACAAAUCAUGACAGAGACCGAGAGUCAGAGAAGAGAGACAUAUCUUCAAGUAAAGAAGACAGAGAUAAGGACAGGGACCUUCUGGAUAAAAAUAGGCAUUCAAAUAGAUCCUCGCCCGCUUCAGCCCCAGUGACUCACCAGAUUAGCAACCUCAUUCGCAGCAACAGUCAGACCUCCAGUGAUCUCACCAGGCAAGUUGGCCUCAGUGAAAGAGAAAGGCCUAAAGAACCGGAGAGAGAUAUUUCUGACCGACUGAGGGAUCCUCCUCCAAUUGUGGAGCACAAGAUCAAAGAGAGCCGCUCCCCAGUGAAAGAACCACCAAGCCAUGAAAAAAGAUCCUCAGAGGACAACACAAAGCCAGUAAUCCAAUCCGUAUCUCCCUAUAGCAAACCUGCACUGAGCGAGAGUUUAAAACUCAGCAAUCUAAUGAACAAGGAUAUUGAAAGAAAGCCAGAGCUUCCAGCAGACCUUCAGAAGAUCAAGAACGAUAUCAAGGUCAAAGAGGAGCGCAAGGAGGACAGUGACGUGUUGGUUGUGAGCUCAGAACCUUCACAGCAUUCCAGAACUGUUGAGCACCCACCACCACCUUCUUUGCAUGGGUUACCAUUGCCCCAUACAAUGGCAGCCACCAUGCCCAUCUCCAUGGGCGCUGUCCAUCAGAUGAGCAAUAUGAAUGUCCUGGAUCGUAGCAGAAUGAUGACCCCUCUAAUGGGCAUGAAUCCAUUGCCAGGAAGGGAGCGGCUGCCCCAUCCUGGGUUCUCCUGGGACCCCGUGAGAGACCCGUUGCGAGAUGCCUACCGGAGCUUGGACCUGCACCGUCGAAUGGACUUUCAGCUGCGCGCUGAUCCCAUCCACAGGUUCCCCACUGCCGCUGGGUUCUAUGACCACGAGCGCUCUUACCGAGACAGAGAACCCCACGACUACAACCACGAGAAUCUUCUUGAAGCACGGCGUGAGCAGGAGCGACUCAGGCAAGCGGAGGAGAGAGAGAGGUUGCACUUACGGGAAGAACUUGAGCGUGCCAGGAUGCAUCACUUGCACUCGUCCCCUAUUGAAAGCCACCUGGCACAUGUGCCAUCUUUCAUGCCUCAUCUCAGUGGGAUGCAUUAUCCCAGACUCAGCCCCUCGGCUGCCAUGCACAAUGGAAUCUUGAAUAGGAACCCACCAACAGCCGCUUUGAGUGCCCCGCCCCCUUUGGUACCAGCUAGUAGUACAAGACCAUCCUCCCCCCGCCGGACUACGCCACUCACAAACUCUGAAUCGAGAGAGUAUUCUCCUUCUAGGAACCCCAAAGAAGUAGAGGCACGAUAGUCCCUAACAAACAAACAGGAUGAAUUUUAAAACUCACCUGUAAAUAUAAAGGGGGGGGAGAGACCUUUUAAAAAUGCACUGCUGUAAACUUUUUUUAAAAUGUAAAAUUUGUAGAAAUUAAGCACAGUUCCAUAAAUAAUUGGGGAGCGGGAGGGUUAUAGGUUACAAACCUUCCAAGCAAAUGGUUGCUGAAAAUUGAAAUUUAAUAUAUAGGUCUUUAUUUCUUCGUUUUGUUUUUGCUUCUGUGCUGAGUUAAAAUAUUACCAGGUUUGUACAUUUUUUCCCAAAUGUGAGAAACAUUUUUAAUGAAUUUGUAUUUUUUGUUAAAUUUUGUGUGCUCUUUAUUUACAUAAAGAGCUUUUUUUUAGUUUAAAUUUUAAUGGCCUCAGAUCCUUAAGUAAAUACAAAAUACACACCCAGGGUUUCUGAAAGUAUUAUUUAUGGAAAUACUGUAGUUUUGUACAGUCCACUGUGAGGUUCCCGAAUUGAGGCCACUCACUUUCUCUUGGUACUUUGGAACUGAAGUUACAGAUAUAUAUUAAAAUAAUAAUAAUAAUAAUUAAUAAUAAUGUACAAAAUUGUUUGGUUUUGCCUUAUAUUAUGGAGAAAUGAAUUUUUUUUGACUUCUUGUUUUAAACAACAAAAAAGAAAACAAUAUGUAAAUAUUCUGUUAAUAUAAAUGUACACCAAUAUUGAAUUCUUAACAUAGGUAGACUUUAUAAAAAAUGGUUUUUAGAACCACUCUCUGGUUAUUUGUUAACAUUAUUCCAAUGCAUCAUUGUCACUGUCUUUAAAAACAAACAAAGAACCCCAACUAUGGCACAAAACCUUCAACUAUGCAAAAUAACUUGGAGGCAGGUCCUGGUUGAUGUGAGGGUAGGCAAAAAAGCAUUUACAAAAGUACACACACAUAUAUACCCAGGAAAACCACCCCAAACGCAUUCAAUGUAAGCAUGCAGCUUCGUAGAGAAAGGGCGAUCAUUAUGGGAAGAGGAAACUUGUUCUACCGCAAAACAAACCCUACAGUGUUUUAUCUAAAAUCAUAAUUUCAAUUUUGUUUUGUGUGCAUAACACACGGAUGUUCAAUAAACGUAAGGAAAAGA